UUCAAAAUAUUAAUUAUUAAAAAAAUUAAAACCUCACAUAGAAGCUUCUUUAUUCUACUUGCACUAUAAAUCUUUCUUACACUCAUCACUCAAACUCACGAUCGACUUGUAAUGGCGUCGAUCACCUGUUCCUCUGAUCAACGUCUCUCAACAAGCAAGAGACGUUUAAAGCCGUUGAUGUUGAGAGAUUACUUACUCGAUGAUCUCAGCUCUUGUUCAUCCAACGGCUUCAAAUCAUUCCCACGUCGUCAACCCCCUCCUCCUUCCUCUUCAUCUUCCACCGUUCGUCGUCUCCUUGACGCCGAGAUGAAACGCUCAGGAAUAUUGAUCCACAAUCCGCGUCUCACCAGAAGAAGCCGUACGACUUGCGGAACGGCGAUCAGUAACGCCGUUCAUAAAGCUUCUACGGCGUUUCUUAACGCCGUUAAGCUUUUACCGUUCCAUGCAACCGCUACGUCGUCAGGAGGGAAGGGAGAUCAAAAACAACAACAAGAAGGCGGUUUCUCUAGAAACUUCUCUAAACGGCGCUUAUGGAGAAAACCGGAAAGCCAAUCUCGCCGUGAAGUAACCGUCAUUGACUUCGGAGACGGAGAGAUCCAAUGGUGGAGAUCCGCCGCGUUUUUCCCGGACGAAGAGAGUUUAGAACAGCCUUCCGAUCUGUUUUCUCAAAUCUCCACCGUCGCCGCCGACGAAUCGACUUUCUCAGUCUCUGAAGAUGCGGCCAUUACCACCACCGCGAAGAUUAUCUCCGGUGAUUCCUCGAGUUCCGGUAGCGAGUUUUUCACCAACUCGGCGGUUGUACAGUCUUCUUCUUCGUCCGAGGAAGUGUGGGAAGAAAACGAAGCCGUGGAAGACGGGAAUGAGAUCGGAGAGAGUUCAAACGCACGUGACUGUGACGGAUCGUCUGUCAACCGCGACAGCCUGUGUAACAGAAAGGAAUGUGUGAAUGAAGAAAAAGAACAAUUCAGUCCAGUAUCAAUUUUGGAAUGCCCUUUUGAAGAUGAUGAAGAUGAAGAUGAUAAAGAGGAUGAAAUCACUGGACUUAUUUCCCACCAAAAUGAUACAUACAAGAAAAGUAUACGAAAAAGCAGGAGAAUAAAUGGUUUGGUACGGUUUGAGCCAAUAGAAUUGGAGAAGCGCAUAGAGAAGUAUGUCGAGAGUGAAGAAGAUGAGUACUCCUAUAACGUGCUAGAAACAGAAGAGGACGAAUCAGAAAACCGAGCAAACCACUUGUUUGCUCUUGUGAAAUCAAGAAUCGGCGAAACAAACAACAUACUAGCUUCUAAUGUAGCUGAUAAUAUAUUGUUAGAUUAUCUUCAAGAAGAUAACAUUGGAGCAAAAGAAGAGACAUUAAUGGUAAAGAAAGUAGAAGAUUGGGUGAUGGAUAGACAAGAAGAGAUGUUUAUGAGUUGGGAAGUGAGGGAGAAGAGAGAGGUUUAUGUGAAGGAAAUGAAAUGGGGUUGCAUUAAUGGAGAUGAGAAAGAGAAUGUGGUUGAAGAGUUGGCUAAUAGUUUCUUCACUUUCUUGGUGGAUGAAUUCAUCUUCGACCUAGCUUCGUGAUGAUGAUUAAAGGUUUUUUUGGGAAGUUAAGAUUUUGAUUUUUUAAAGAUUAGAUAUCACAAUGUAUUAGAUAUAUGUUAUCUCGGAAUAAGACAGUAUGUAGUUUUGACAUAGA